AUGGGCGGUACGAUGGUCCUGCAUUUAGCAGUAAGAGUCUCGUUUCAGUGUCUCGCUUCGGUGUCUCGCUUCGGUGUCUCGCUUCAGAGUCUCGCUUCGGUGUCUCGCUUCAGAGUCUCAUUCGGUGUCUCGCUUCAGAGUCUCGCUUCGGUGUCUCGCUUCAGAGUCUCGUUCGGUGUCUCGCUUCGGUGUCGCGCUUUGGUAUCUCGCUUCGGUGUCUCGCUUUGGUGUCUCGCUUCAGUGUCUCGUUUCAGUGUCUUGAUCAGAGUCUCGUUUCAGUGUCUCGCUUCGGUGUCUCGCUUCAGAGUCUCGUUCGGUGUCUCGCUUCGGUGUCUUGCUUCAGAGUCUCGCUUCGGUGUCUCGCUUCAGAGUCUCGUUCGGUGUCUCGCUUUGGUGUCUCGCUUCGGUGUCUCGCUUCGGUGUCUCGCUUCAGUGUCUCGUUUCAGUGUCUUGAUCAGAGUCUCGUUUCAGUGUCUCGCUUCGGUGUCUCGCUUCAGAGUCUCGCUUCGGUGUCUCGCUUCGGUGUCUCGCUUCGGUGUCUUGAUCAGAGUCUCGUUUCAGUGUCUCGCUUCGGUGUCUCGCUUCAGAGUCUCGUUCGGUGUCUCGCUUCGGUGUCUCGCUUCAGAGUCUCGUUCGGUGUCUCGCUUCGGUGUCUCGCUUCAGAGUCUCGCUUCGGUGUCUCGCUUCAGAGUCUCGUUCGGUGUCUCGCUUCGGUGUCUCGCUUCAGAGUCUCGCUUCGGUGUCUCACUUCAGAGUCUCGUUCGGUGUCUCGCUUUGGUGUCUCGCUUUGGUGUCUUGCUUCGGUGUCUCGCUUCGGUGUCUCGCUUCAGUGUCUCGUUCAAAGUCUCGCUUCGGUGUCUCGCUUCGGUGUCUCGCUUCAGAGUCUCGUUCGGUGUCUCUUCGGUGUCUCGCUUCAGAGUCUCGCUUCAGUGUCUCGCUUCAGAGUCUCGUUCGGUGUCUCGCUUCGGUGUCUCGCUUCAGAGUCUCGCUUCGGUGUCUCGCUUCAGAGUCUCGUUCGAGUCUCGCUUCGGUGUCUCGCUUCGGUGUCUUGAUCAGAGUCUCGCUUCGGUGUCUUGCUUCGGUGUCGCUUCGGUGUCUCGCUUCAGAGUCUCGUUCGGUGUCUCGCUUCGGUGUCUCGCUUCAGAGUCUCGUUCGGUGUCUCGCUUCGGUGUCUCGCUUCAGAGUCUUGCUUCGGUGUCUCGCAUCAGAGUCUCGUUCGGUGUCUCGCUUCAGAGUCUCGCUUCGGUGUCUCGCUUCAGAGUCUCGUUCGGUGUCUCGCUUUGGUGUCUCGCUUUGUUGUCUCGCUUCGGUGUCUCGCUUCGGUGUCUCGCUUCAGUGUCUUGUUUCAGUGUCUUGAUCAGAGUCUCGUUUCAGUGUCUCGCUUCGGUGUCUCGCUUCAGAGUCUCGCUUCGGUGUCUCGCUUCGGUGUCUCGCUUCGGUGUCCCGCUUCAGUGUCUCGCUUCAGAGUCUCGCUUCGGUGUCUCGCUUCGUUGUCUCGCUUCAGAGUCUCGUUUGGUGUCUCGCUUCGGUGUCUCGCUUCAGAGUCUCGUUCGGUGUGUCGCUUCGGUGUCUCGCUUCAGAGUCUCGCUUUGGUGUCUCGCUUCAGAGUCUCGUUCGGUGUCUCGCUUCGGUGUCUCGCUUCAGAGUCUCGCUUUGGUGUCUCGCUUCAGAGUCUCGUUUGGUGUCUCGCUUCGGUGUCUCGCUUUGGUGUCUCGCUUCGGUGUCUCGCUUCGAGUCUCGCUUUGGUGUCUCGCUUCGGUGUCUCGCUUCGGUGUCUUGAUCAGAGUCUCGUUUCAGUGUCUCGCUUCGGUGUCUCGCUUCAGAGUCUCGUUCGGUGUCUCGCUUCGGUGUCUCGCUUCGGUGUCUCGCUUCAGUGUCUGGCUUCAGUGUCUCGCUUCAGUGUCUCGCUUCAGAGUCUCGCUUCGGUGUCUCGCUUCGGAGUCUCGCUUCGGUGUCUUGCUUCGGUGUCUCGCUUCAGAGUCUCCCUUCGGUGUCUCGCUUCGGUGUCUCGCUUCAGAGUCUCGCUUCGGUGUCUCGCUUCAGAGACUCGCUUCGGUGUCUCGCUUCGGUGUCCCGCUUCAGUGUCUCGCUUCAGAGUCUUGCUUCAGUGUCUGGCUUCUGUCUGCACUGCGUGUGGAGUGA